CUUAAUACAUCCUAUUACUCCCCGCUCUGUUGGUUCACUUGUCGACUGAAAACAUGGCGAAAGCGAACAGGCGAUUUCUAGCAGCAUUCUCAUGGCUACCGCGGAUCAAGUAUUGUGAUGUCCCCAAGGAGGCGUUGUCGAGCGACACUCGUAAGCAAAAACAGCGUGCCUUCGGUAUGUCGUCAUUAUUGAGUAUUCCGACUCCGUCGCCAAAAGCACUGAGCCAGAAUACAUAUGAGGAAGGCAGGGAGUGGAUUGAAGGGGCAUUACAGUGCACCUAUGGGGCGGGGGCAAUUCUGGCACUCAAUGUCAUCCUCACAGUUAUCGCGACUGCUUUCGGCCUCUCAAAGUAUGGAGGAAGCUUCCAAGCAAUAAAUGUUUACGAAGGAAGCUGUCCGAUGGCGAGUCAUUGGGCCACUGGACUACAUGUGUUGAUCAAUGUUAUCAGCACUUUGCUCCUCGCUGCCAGUAACUAUGUGAUGCAGUGCUUGGGUGCGCCUUCCCGAGCUGAUGUCGACAAAGCCCAUCGGGAACGCAUGUGGUUGGAUAUUGGUACUUUCAGUGUGCGGAAUCUCUCAGUCCUGAACAAUAAACAGCGGAUCUUGUGGGGACUGCUUUUGGUAACAUCGACGCCAAUCCAUAUGGUAUAUAACUCGGUGAUCUAUUCUACGGUCUCGGCAUUGGACUAUGCUAUUCUAUUAGUUCCCGACGAUCUGGCCUCCAAUGAACCUUUUGCGGCGGAAGAUGACAACUUUGAACGUGGUUUUUUCAAUACCGUUGGCACUAGCGCUGCUGAUAUACAGACUGAGAUUUUCGACGGCACGUAUAGAGAUGUGGAAGCGCAGGAAUGCUUGGACACAUACAACACAGAGUUCAACAGUGACUUGGACACUCUCAUUGCAGUUACAAACCGUCAUUUCUUCCAUAACACAACAGUCUUGAAAGCCAGGAUCAAUAGUGGACUUUUCUCAGAAGAUAAGAACACGCCCUCAUGGACCGCAAGUGUUGUUUUUGAACAAGGAAAAGACCCAGCAUACUCUAACCAGAUUGGCUUAGACGGUGAUUUUUUUGGAUGUUCUCUCCCAGAGAUACCCAUUUCGCGGUGCAUGGUCAAACAUAGAAGACCGCUCUGCCAGCUGACUUUCAGUCCGAAUAUUGCAGUUGUUGUUAUUGUUUCGAAUAUGAUCAAAGUCGCCUGUAUGUAUUUGACAGCCAGAACCAGUCGGACACAUCUCCUAUUGACUGUUGGCGAUGCUAUAUCGUCUUUCCUGGCAAAUCCGGACCAGGCGACCCAAGACCAAAGAAAUAAGAUGCGUCCGUCUGACAGAUCGAGAUCCUCCUCUGUUCUACCAGGGCCUAGUCAACAUGAAGACAAGUACAUACAUCAAUUUAUUCCGGGGGCACGAAAAAAGUGGUAUCGGGCUGUUAGCACAAAACGAUGGACGAUGGCCCUUACUUUUUUUGCCUUCUGUGCGCUACUUUCUGUAGCGAUGUUCCUCUUGGCAUCCUAUUGGGUAGGCACCUUGUCAGCUGCGUGGGACUUGGGCUUUGGAAAGUUUAGAGGAAACAACAUAAUCAAGAGCCCAGGGAUAACAGAAAAUACUCUAUCACUGGUCCUUCUCAUCAACACACCACAACUAGCAUUAUCUAUCCUAUAUUCCUUGUUCAAUGGGAUUUUGACAUCCAUGCUGGCAGCUGCAGAGUUCAACGACUACGCCGUCCGAAGAAGACCACUCCGAGUUUCCUGGCCCAAAGGCGAACAGCGAUCAACCUACUACCUAAGUCUGCCUUACAGAUACAGCCUGCCGCUGAUCUCAAUUUCUGCAGCGUUGCACUGGCUUGUUUCGCAAAGCAUCUUCUUCGUCAACAUCAUAGCUUAUGAUGUGCACGACGAACCCGUUGCCGGGGAGGCUGUGCGAGGUUGCGGCUACUCGCCGUUUCCUAUGUUUAUUAUUCUUCUCACAUCGGGUAUACUUUCCAUUAUCUUUCAUAUACUAAGUAACCGUUGGUUCAAUUCUCCGAUGCCCCUGGCUGCUGAGAAGAGUGCUUCUAUAAGCGCAGCUUGUCAUCCUCCACCCGACGACUGUGAUGCCGCAUUGAAGCCAGUGAUGUGGGGUUAUAAAGUAUGGCAAGAUGAGUGUGAUGUGAACUCGCUGAGUGCGAGUUCUAGAACUGGACGUUCGGAGACAUUGCAUACUUGCUACACGUUUACAUCCAAGGAAGUAGUAGCCUGCUAG